AUGACUGCGACACGCUGCAUCUUGGCUUUGUUGCUCUGCCUCACGCAGGCCAUUUCUGACUGCGAGGGCACACCCAUUAAAGAAAUAGAGACUCUGAAGAAAUAUUUUAACUCGACUAGCUCUGAUGUCGGUGAAGGAGGGGAUCUCCUCUUUGAGAUCUUGAAGAACUGGCAAGAGGAUGGUGAUACAAAACUCAUCGAGAGCCAGAUUAUCUCCUUCUACUUCAAACUCUUUGAAGCCUUGAAGGACCAUGAGACCAUCCAGGACAGCAUAAACACCAUCAAGGCAGAUCUUAUCUCUAACUUCUUCAACAACAGCGAGGCAAAAGUGAAUGACUUCGAGAAGAUUGCUAAGAUUCCGGUAGAUGACCCGCAGGUCCAGCGCAAAGCUGUCAAUGAACUCAUGAAAGUGAUGCACCGACUGUCACCAAAAUCGAGCCUAAGGAAGCGGAAAAGGAGCCGGUGCUGUUUCGGGGUUGGGAACCGGCCCAAUAAGAACAAUCCUGCCAGCGCUGUUUGA